GUCAACACUAAAACUAGCAUAAGAAUCAUUCUGCAAACGGUCUCAACAUGUCGGAGAAUUUCGAUCUGAGUGAAUCGACUGCCAUUUACAGAAUGUCGUACGUGAUGCAUGUGGCAGAGGAUAAGAACUUGUUGCCACGUGCAGCUCAAAAGGCCAACGAGCUGAAGGUGUGCGGAUAUAUGAUGUAUACGCACAGUGGUCACGCUGUGAGUGGUGAACUGGAGGGGACACGGGAGAAUCUGAAGCAAAUGCUGACAUGGCUGGAACAGGAAAUGCCAAAGGGCAGUGAAAAGCCACGCCUUGGCCAAUAUCAGCAGCAGUUGAAGGCCAAGUAUGAUGAUUUCUUUUGCUGUUAGUCCAGCUGCUUUGAGAAUUUACUUGAUUAAAAUUUAGCUAUAACCACAAAA